AUGUCGCAAAAAAUGGAGGAAAAGCUCAGCGCAAGCCCACCACCAGAAGGCGUUGAAGAGCUCAUCAAGAUCAUUCAAGCAAGAGACGGCUUCGACAUUUCACUUCGCAUCCAUCGUCCGAAAUCGGCAUCGGACCAAUUGCCGUUGAUCGUAUACUACCACCUUGGUGGAUGCUGUGUGGGCAGCUCUGCAAUAGCCAUACCUUUCUGCCGAAGGCUCGUCCAGCGUUUCAACGCUGUUUGUGUCAACGUUGACUACCGUCUUGCUCCCGAACACCCGUUCCCCACCCCGAUCGGAGACUGCUGGGACGCGCUACAAUGGGUUGCGAGUAACGCUGUGGAGCUCGGAGCUAAUCCCACGAGAGGAUUUGUAGUUGGUGGAGAAAGCUCUGGCGGAAACAUAUCCAGAGAAGCUCAACAAGCUCCAGAGCUAUUCGGAUAUGGCAUGACAGUCAUGUACCGCAAGUCGCACGCGGCUGAUGUCUAUUCUCCCCUCUUUGGAGCGUUUAACCACCCAAACGGACAUGCUGGAUUGCCACCUGCAUAUUUCCAGAUCUGUGGCUUGGACCCUGUCCGAGAUGAGGGCCUACUAUACGAGAAGGUUCUCCGGGAGGAUUAUGGUAUCAAGAUAAGACUAGACGUGUACCCUGGGCUGCCACACGCAUUUUGGCAAGUCUUUCCAGCUUUUGAGAAAGCUACAAAAGCACAUGAGGACAUGUUGAAUGGUUUUGCUUGGCUACUGAACCAGAACUUGUAG